CUUAUAUAACCCUACUCCGGAUUUCAGAGCAGUCUGCAGUCGUCUGCCAACAGACAGCAGUUGUACGUCGAUCGCAGUCGAUCGCACAUUCGUGAUUAUUCAAAAUAGGAUCUACGUGUAGGAAACACUCCUGCGCUCUUAAGAAUUUGGAACAUCAUGUGAAAACGAUAUUAAUCUCUGGAAAAUUGCUGAGGGAGAUUGCGAACAAGUCAUCACAUUUUAUAAUAUGAAAUAAUAAAAUUCGAGACAUCUAUUGAUUUCCGAGAAAUCAAUCGAUUAACUGACAAGAAAUUCCUUGCCGAUGCAACCGAGCAAUUGCGGUCAAAGCUUUCAUCAUCGUAUCUAUUUGGUUACUUUUUUCGGCAGACUUUGGCUGCAGUCUCAUUAUCUUAACAAUGCGAUAAUAACAAUCAAUCUGAUAUUAUCGCACCCUUCACAAACGGGGUAAAAAUUCCAUCUCGAAAGACUGAUCGACGAACAGAAGAGUUCAUCGCCUGUGCGAAAGAUUUCAAGAGUGCAAGCAUUCUCAGACAGAUGAGCAAAAUGCUGAGUCAGCGAUUAAGCAACCGGCGGUUGCUGGUCGAUCUUCUCGCUUUGAUGUUCGGUCUGGGUGCUUGGAUCGGUGUGAACGGUAUCUACGUGCAACUGCCGCUCAUAGUGCAUGUUGCUCCAGAAGGAUGGAGCCUCCCUGCGCACAUGGUGAUGCUGGUGCAAUUUGCCAAUUUAGGUCCCAUACUGUAUACUCUCUACAUAAAGUAUACCGCUUGGGCAUACGAUAAAUACAUCAUUUAUUCCUUGCUGGCUAUAGGAGCGUUCGCCUGCGUCGCGUUGAGCUUCCUGUACGAUUACACGUCGGUUGUGUUUGACAAGGAACACUCGACCGCACUCCUGUCGCUGAUGUUCGUGACAGCCCUCGUCGGAUGCACGAGUUCAGUGCUCUUCAUGCCGUACAUGAGGAACUACCGUGAGAUUUAUCUAGUGUCUUAUCUCGUUGGAGAAGGACUGAGCGGAUUCGUCCCGAGUGCAGUUGCGCUGAUUCAGGGUGUUGGUAGUAAUCCGGGAUGCAUCAACGUUACAAAACCAGAUUCGAAUAACCUAGAAUUCGUCCCCGCGGCACCAAAUCCAAGAUUCUCCUCCGAAAUAUUUUUCGUCUUCAUCGGAUCUUUACUGUGCCUGAGUUUUCUCUCGUUCCUGGGCUUAAACGUUUUGCCUGUAGCACGCGGGGAAAGAGUCAAGCUUCCAAGCAGCAUGGAAAUGUUGCCGACUGACACGACGGCACCACCGAGCUACAAAACUAAUUCCGGUUGGAAAAUGCCCACGUAUACAUACUAUUAUUUAUUAGUCAUGAUGAGUAUAGUCUGUUUUCUCGGUAACGGCACUUUACCGAGCGUACAAUCGUACUCCUGUCUACCAUACGGUAAUACAGCAUAUCACUUGACGGUCACGCUAGCUUCUAUAGCCGGUCCAUUGGCCAUGUCCUUGGGCUUCUUUGUAAAUACACCACAGGUGAAACUCCUUAACGUCCUUACGGCAGCUAUUUUAGCACUCUCCGGCUUCGUUUUGUAUUUGGCCGCGAAAUCGCCUUAUCCUCCCUUGCAACAUUCGUGGGUGGGCGAAUUGUUGGUAGUUCUUGUAUGGAUAACGCUUUGCGGUUUAAUAGGAUUCGUAAAGAUGGGCAUUACGACUUUGUAUCGGCCCGACCCUGGAAAAGGUCUUUAUUAUACUGGCGUCGCGACGCAAAUCGGAUCAUUGGUAGGCGCAAUCACCACUUUCGUUUUGGUCAAUUACGCGAAAGUGUUUCAGUCUUAUUCCGCCUGUACACAUCUUACAGGAAAUUAACAUAGCCGGUAUUUAGUUUUAUCAAUUAUUUGCAUUGAUGAUAUUAGAAAAUUUACUUUUCGAUCAAGAAAAGUAUUAGUUAUUAUACGUAGUUCUAAACUGUUAGAAAAGUGCUUUCUACGACUGUUGAGAGAUAAAAUGAAAUACAAUUAUGAUUUCUAUUUUUACAAAAGGCACUUAGCGAUUAUAAAUGUUUUAAUAAUUACAAAUUCAAUUUGAGACCAAUGCUCACGUAAGAUGUGAAUUUACGAAAAAUAACUACGUUACUUUCUUCAUAAUUGUGUGUAUUGUAAAUGAUUUUUUUCAAUUAAACGUCGCGCACAUUCUGAACAAAGCCUCAAGCUGUUCACGCAUUGCGUUAUCAAGACAUGACAAACGGAAAACUUUUUCUCUUACGAACCUGAUAUAAUAUUUAUGAUUAUCUGUAUUAAGUACUUAAUUUGAACAGCUGAACUUUAAUUGUUAUAUAGAUCUGCGAAACAGAUUGUGUGGUGUAAAGUGCUCGAGUUAAUGUUGCGCGUAAACUUAAUGUGAUUUCUCGGAUAUUUCUCUGUUUUUUUAUCCGAUAAAUUUUUCUUGAGCAGAUUAAGUAUCAAUGUUGAGAAGUGGGGCAAUUGUUGUACUUCCUAUUUAUUUUACUUAUAUCUCAAUAAUUUUGCUUUCGAUAAACUUGUGCAACGAAGUAUCAUACUUAUCGUUAUCUAUCAUCUAGGGAUGUAAUGUACAUGCAUAUGUCUGUGAUAUAUUAAGAAUACUUAAAUUGUCAGACGUCAGUAUUGGUGUGAGUGAUCGAUUAAACCCUUUCAAAGUGCCGAUAGUAAAUUUUAAUUGUCAAAGCUUUAAAGUCGUCGAUUGAUUACUGUUAUGAAAUGACCAAGGAAAUCGACGAUACCAUGAAAGGCGAUUGCAAAUUUGUUAUUUUGAACAUGUCAAAAGUGUCCCCGCAAUCGUUCACCUUCUCGUGAUCUUUCUCAUCAUGUAUAUUUGGAUAGGUUUCAAUGGGAUAUUCAUUGAGCUACCAUUGCUCGUCUUAUUGCUUCGGAAAACUGGAAGUUUGCCCGUAUAUAAUAUUAGUAGAUCAAACGUCGAUGCCACGAUAUGUCCUUCUAUAAAGAAGAUCAAAUGCUAACCAAGCGAAUCGUCAUGCAAUGCAUACAAUGCUUGCUGUGCUAGCAGGUUUUCGAUAUGGGAUAACUGGUAUUGAUUUAUUGCAGAAUGAACAUUAUUAGUGAUAAGAGGCACGGCUUCUGAUUCUGCUCGUCUCUGUAUUCUUCAACGCGCUGGUUGGUUUCUUGCUUCAGUUCGAUAUUGUUCAUGCCUUAGCUUCGCAAUCAAUAACAUUUACAUCGUGUCUUAUCUCAUCGGAAAUGAUGUAAGUCACAUACUAUCGAGUGUAGAGGCAUUGAUACAAAACGUCAGAAAACGCGCAGCGUAAUAUUUCUUUUAUAAAUACAAUGACAGUGACUUCCCUUAACACGUCCGAUUUGAAGUUUCUGAAGCAAUAUUACUUCUUGCUUUUAUACUUCUACCAUCGACCGAUGCAUUUAACGUUUUACGAUAUUCUUUGUUUGCACGAAUUAGAAAGAACUUACGUAAUCUUAAUUUCUCUCACAAACUGUAAGCGUCUCAACGAAUCUGAAGUUACCGUUAAUGUAUUAUUAUCGAAUAACUACACAUCAAUUAAGAAAAAAAAUGCCAUACAGUUCUCCAGUUGACAAGGCAAACUAGUAUAUAUUCUGACUAGAGUCUGUUGCUUCUUCCAGUAAUUAAGUUCGGCCUAUCCAAUUGUAUCUAAUUAUAUUCGUGUUCUACUUAGUAUCCGUUCGUAUUCUACCGUAUAGAUAUCUCGAUUAACGGUUAUUUGUCGGUUUGCGUUUCGCUAAUAAGUGAAACCGCUAGCAUACUUCUUGUCAAUCUGGGUCAUGGUCAGCGGAUAUUUAAAGAUUAUUAACUUCGUCUUAUUAGUCCAAAUCUAGUUAAUUGAUGCUAAUGUUAUAUGCGUAACUCCUAUACCGUGCAAAAAUCAACGAUCGGUAUGGGAUUGAUCGUUUUGCCCUGAAAUAUUCGAAUUGAUGUCAUGUCGUAUCGAAAACUUGUAAUAGUGUCUCUCCUGAAGACAUUAUAUCGUCUUCAAAGACGUUUAUCAACAAAGAUAUAAUUAUGCAAACAGACUUGUGUGGCGAGAGAUGCGAUUAUUUCGUUUGUUUUAAUUAACUUCAGUAAUUAUUUCAAGGCAUACACUGUCGUGCAUUACUUCGCUAAGCCGCAGGUAUUUAUAGUCGACUAUUAUACUUAAUAUCAUCUUAAGCCACCAAUCAAUUAUAGAGCCUUAUUAUAAAAUCCUAAAACCAUUAUUUUACUUAAAACAUUACGUUUACUUAACAUUAUCUUAUUUAAAACAUUACUUUAUAUUACUUUUACUUAAGACAUUAUAUUUAAAAUAAAAAUCAACUAUGUAGUAGUUAGAUUGCUAUGACGAAUUAAUGCACGACAAUUAAUGGUUCUUCUGUAUAGUAAUGAUAGCGCCCAUUUCGACGAAUCAAAGUGCAAUAACGAAAAUAAAUAGACAAUAAAAAAGAAUAAAGAUCCUUUAUUGAAAUAAAUAAUGAAAAUAUUUUAUAACUGUUAGUUUUAGAUAAGUUAAAAACAUAUUGUUCCAGUAGUGUCUGGGGGAUCGAUCAUUCCUCGUGAACCUUGUCAUACAUGUAUAAUCUUUUAUACAUACUAUAUAUAAUCUUACUUCUAUUAAUGUAACGCUAAUAGAAAUUAUAUCUAUAAAUAUCUAGAGAGAAAAAUAUUAUAUUUUGUCUACAAAACGCGAAAAGUUUUGCGUGAAAUUACAUAAUCGAUCCUCUAUAGUGAAAAAAAAACAAAGUUUAUCCAAGUAGUAUUAGUAUAUGUGUAUAUGCUUCUUUCGUUAAUUUCUAUAAAGUAUUCCAGAAAUUGUAUUAAAUCAAGAGAAUUUAAGAUGUACAUGUGAAAAGUGUGUGUGUAAUACAUCUAUGCAUUUGCAAUUGCUAGUUACGAGGGUAGAUUGCAAAGCAUUCGUCCAAAAAAAGAACAAAAUUUUAGUAAAAUUUUAGUAAAAUUUUAAUACUUGUCCAAUAAAUGACAUUGAAAAAAAUACAAAGAGUUAAAUUUGAUGUCAUUCUAAAGAUUAGUUCGUUCCUAAUAACCUUUUAAAGCGAUAGUUUGUCAGCAAUGAAGAAAUCAGAGUAUUUGCGCUGUGAUAAAAUUUUUUCGUUUGAAAGGCAAAAAUUCCAACGAAAAUUAAAAUUGAAUAAGAUUCAGUGUAUAGAGUUGCCGUUUCUUUAUUUAUGACUGAGAAAACAUUGGCUGUUGAAUUUAAAUAGGAUAGAACGAGCGAUGAGUAACGCUCUGAAAAAUCAAAAACCGCAACAAUGUAUAAAACAAUCAAUUAUGUUCACCGAAUCGUGAACGAUCAUCAAUUAACUUUAAAAAAGAUAGUGUAAGCUUCUCAUAUCCCGUACGAAAGAAUACACAAUUUUACAUGAGAAAUUAUAUGAGAAAGCUGAGCACGCGUUGAGUGCAGUAUUUUUUCACUGUUGCGAUGGCGAAAUUGUACGAAUUGGAGUACAACUUAUUGUUAGUAACACAUCUAUCGUACGGUCUAAAUUUAGUUUCGUCUGACUUUUUUCUAUUAGCAAAGUUUUUUUUUUUUAAAUGGCUGUCUAAAAAGAAAUCUACCCUCGUAUAUAUAUUUAGAGUUUACUUUUAAUUAAUUUACUUUUAGUAAAAUUAUAUAUUUUAGCGAGUACGUAUUCUUAUAACUUUUACAUUACAAUCCGUGAAAACAGUCGCUACUUAACGAUAAACAAUUGUACAUAAAUACUUUAAUAAUUUGAACUGUCGUCGAAGACGUAUGACGUUGCGAUUUAUUCAAAUGUUUAUUAUUUAUAAUAAACUAUAAGUUUCUAAACUCUUGGUGAAUUUAUCCUUUUUUAAAUGUAGCAUUGUAUUAUAAAUGUUACCUUUAAAUAAAACUUAUGAUUUGUUAA